AUGGCAUCCGAGGGCAGCCAGUACAAUGAAGACCCCUUGUUUGUCUCACCUGAGCGGCUGAUGCUCGAUGGUGUGCAUCGAAGGGACAGCGCGCAACAGCAGACUUCAUAUGGUCAUGCACCACCAAAGACACAUCAUCAGACCGUCUGUACGCCUCGCACAUGAACUGAGAUUUCCCCAUGGAGAAACUCCUCACUGAUCGCGCCUGCAGGGGCCUCGCAACAGACGAAUCAAGAGCGACCAGUUCUUUCCAUGCACGCUACUGCUGUUUCUGACUGGACGAUACCGACUGCUCAGACCUUCAGGACCAAUCUACCACCCACACCAAUCUCUCCGUUUCGACCACUGAGGCCACUGUCGGAAGAUGAGAAGCUCGCCUUUCCUUGCACAGGUAGUCUGGAAAAUUGCUGGAACCCGGUGCUCUGUCCUAAGCAUCAGGGCUAUUCCAAGCCGGCGGAGCAGAGGACGACUCCGCCUGAUGUCCACGCACCAAGGCCAGACAACCCGAGAAGACGCAGCGCUCCUGCCACGAAUCUACAGCCGCCUCCGGCCAAGAUCAAACGCAGUGCUACCGAGCCCGAAGAAGCAGACCACUCAAUCACCGGUCGACAACGUCAGUUCUCCAUGAACCGAGAUCCCCGCUCCUCCAUCUCCCGCGGCCGCGUUCCACACAAUCUGGUCGAGAGGCGCUACAGAGACAAUCUGAACAACCAGAUUGAAUCUCUUCGCCUCACGCUGCCAUCUUUGAAAGACGCCCAACCAGGCGAUCUCGACGACACUGCAUCCCCGCGAAUGCCCUCGAAAGCCGUCAUCAUCUCCACCGCAGCGACAUAUAUCAAUGACAUGGAAAACGAACGGACGCGUCUUCUGGCCGCUAAUAAAGCCCUGCAGGAGCAGGUUUCCAGUCUCCAGAAACUUGUCCGCUGCGAUGAUUGCUCGAUUAUGGGGUAUCUGAAUGCUAUACAGAUCAAUAACGCUGCUGCUGCUGCUGCUACUGCUAGUCAGAUGACGACGCCUGGAACUUGA